CCUGCUCCACUCUGCUGAGGAAACAAGCAUGGCAAGUCCUACCAUAGGGAAGAGCAGAAGCAACCUCCAAAACUCAGCUGCUCAGCCGAGUGAGAUGUCAGAGAACUUGACCUUGAAGCGAGAAAUUGGCUUAACCAGUGCUAUCUCACUCGUAGCUGGAACUAUGAUUGGAUCAGGUAUUUUUAUGUCACCAGAAUGGGUACUGCAUAACAUAGGGAGCCCUGGUGGUAGUCUCAUUAUUUGGGCAGCCUGUGGUGUGGUGGUCAUCUUUGGCGCUCUGUCCUAUGCUGAGUUGGGAAUUUUAAUCAAAGAAUCCGGGGGUGACUACAUUUACAUCCUGAGGACUUUUGGGUCCCUUCCAGCUUUCCUUUUUGCAUUCACCUCAAUCAUUGUGGUAAGGCCUGCUGGCGUGGCAGCCGUCUCACUGAGCUUUGCAGAAUAUGUUCUGGUGCCAUUUUAUUCUGGCUGCUCCCCUCCGCAAGUCAUGAUCAAGUGCACUGCUAUAAGCUGCAUCCUCUUCCUGACAUUGGUCAACUGCCUCAGUGUCAGGUUAGCAACAUCCAUGAUGAACAUAUUUACGGCUGCCAAGCUCUUGGCGCUAUUGGUCAUCGCAGUGGGAGGACUAGUGCUGCUUGCUCAGGGGCAAACCCACAGUUUCCAAGAUGCAUUUCAAAACACCAAUAUGGAGGCCGGAGCUAUUGGAAUUGCAUUUUAUCAAGGUCUCUGGUCUUUUGAUGGAUGGAACGUCUUGAACUCGGUGACUGAAGAAAUUAAAAAACCUGAUGUGACUCUGCCAAGGGCAUUGAUGAUUGCUAUUCCUCUGGUGACCUGCUUUUAUUUGCUUGUAAACGUCAGCUAUUUUGCAGCCAUGACUUCUGUUGAGUUUCUGACUUCAGGUGCUAUUGCCAUUACCUGGGGAAAUAAAGUCCUGGGCAACUGGGUAUGGCUGAUGUCCCUGGCAGUUGCCCUUUCUUGCUUUGGAUCGGUUAAUGGAACAUUCUUCUGUGGAAGCCGGGUGUGCUACAUUGCAGCAAGAGAAGGCCAUAUGCCCGACUUUCUAUCUAUGGUUCAUAUACGUUAUUUUACACCUUUCCCUGCUCUCAUAUUUACUUGUGUGGUGUCGAUAAUAAUGGUAAUACCUGCGAGUUUCAACAAGAUAGUGAAUCUUUUCAGCUUUACAGCUUGGAUUUUCAACGGGAUAAGUGUUGCAAGUCUCCUGUAUUUAAAGAUUAAGAAACCAGAACUCCCAAGAUCUUACAAGGUACCAAUCAUCAUACCGAUCAUUUUUCUGAUGAUAUCGAUCUACCUCGUCCUGACACCCAUCAUUGACCAGCCACAGCUGGAGUUCUUCUAUGUUAUACUCUUCAUCCUCAGCGGUAUCAUAUUUUACUUCCCCUUGGUUCAUUACAAGUAUUGCCCGGCAUGCCUACGGAAAUUAACUAUUUAUAUGCAGCUGUUAAUGGAAGUUGCAGCAACUGAAAAGGACACAGAGUGAAUUAAUAUUCAUAAAGGUUUUUUUGACAAAUGUUCUAAUUAUCUGUACAGUUCUGAGAUGAGGGUACAGCUUUUCCUGAUCGUAUUUCAGAAACAUUUUGAAACUAGAUCACAAUUGUUCCUACCCCUAUCUAGGUAGUAAUUGGGAGUAGGGGGAGAAAGAGAGGAAGCUGCCAGAACGCCCUUUUUAUAUUUAUUGUCUGUUUUGCUUUUUAAAUUUCUCUUUCUCAAUUUUUUUUUUUUAGACAUACGCAUUUUUUCUUUUUGCUUUUGUUGCUUGAAUAUCUUACUUAAACCAAUAAAAAAGAAGAGAGGUUUUUUUUUAAAAAAAACCCAACAGAUUUUUAGAUUGUUUCCUUUUUCUACAAGAAAUAAUGCUUCAUUUAUGUUGCUGGAGAUGCAGUGAAACUAUCGCUUUAUUUAAACAUUCCAUCUUGUUCCAUUUUGGUAAGAACCGGUUACACAUAUUAACAGCUUGAGAUUUAUUUCAAUCACAUGGGAAUUGACUUUGGGCAGACAAAAUGAGCACAAAAUCAAUUGACAUAUUGUUCAGCAUUGGAAUGCAAAUAUAUGAGUCCAACUAUUUAGCAGUUUGCAACAUUAAUUAAUAUAGCUGGAGCAUGGAUGAUGGUAAUGAAUCAUGUUUCAAUUUAUUAAUAUAUGUCCGCAAAUAU